UCGGCAGAAACUUCGUCGGAGCUCUUCGAGCCUCCGAAGAAGUCGCUCCCUCCGAAUCUCCUUGUUCGACUCGAACUCGCGCGAACGACCCGGCCGAACGGCGCUCGAAUAUAAGUACGGGGUACGAUUGGUACUAAUUCGGUUUAAAUACCUAUCUCAGUGCCGAGAGUGAGUGCCGUCGACGGAAGUGCCGUUCCGGGAACGAGGUGACGUGCCCUCGGCUCUCGUCUCGUCUAAAUAGUGUGAGGAGAGUCGGUAAGGCAGAGACUCUCUCACGUGAGGGAUCCGAUUAGAGGGUUGGUGGCGCAUGCGCAGGAAGACGCGCCGCGGCGUACCCCUUGCCAGUCGGUGAUCGAGGUUCGGAGAGGCUGGUCGCGCGAGUUGCGAGCCUAAGGGAGCAUGCCGAACCGCGGCCGUUCGUGACUCCUCGCCGAGGGAUACCCCCAGUGCCGCGUGAACGCCCGCAGGAAUCAUGGCGGACAGUGAGGGUGGCUCCGAGCAGGAUGACGUCUCGUUCCUCCGCACGGAGGACAUGGUCUGUCUCUCCUGCACGGCCACGGGGGAGAGGGUCUGCCUGGCAGCCGAGGGAUUCGGGAACCGACAUUGUUUCCUCGAAAACAUCGCCGACAAGAAUAUCCCUCCAGAUCUGUCGCAAUGCGUGUUCGUAAUAGAGCAAGCUCUCUCGGUGAGAGCUCUGCAAGAAUUAGUCACAGCUGCCGGGUCGGAGACGGGCAAGGGCACCGGAUCUGGACACCGAACUCUACUCUACGGCAACGCCAUCUUGCUCAGGCAUCAGAACAGUGACAUGUACCUGGCGUGCUUGUCGACGAGUUCAUCCAACGAUAAGCUGGCCUUCGAUGUAGGUCUACAGCAACACUCUCAAGGAGAGGCUUGUUGGUGGACAGUACAUCCAGCCUCCAAACAGAGAUCCGAGGGUGAAAAGGUCCGGGUUGGAGACGACCUCAUUCUGGUGUCCGUAGCUACGGAACGAUAUUUGCACACGACCAAGGAAAACGACCUGUCAGUCGUCAACGCAUCUUUCCACGUAACCCACUGGUCGGUCCAGCCUUAUGGCACAGGAAUUAGUAGGAUGAAGUACGUAGGAUAUGUAUUUGGUGGCGACGUGUUGAGGUUCUUCCACGGGGGUGACGAGUGCCUCACCAUACCAUCCACGUGGAGCACGUCCCAGGGACAAAAUAUAGUUAUCUACGAAGGCGGUAGCGUGAUGAGCCAGGCGAGAUCAUUAUGGAGGUUGGAGCUGGCUAGAACGAAAUGGGCAGGGGGCUUCAUCAACUGGCUGCACCCCAUGAGGAUCAGACACCUCACUACCGGUCGUUACCUGGGCGUCAAUGAGAACAAUGAGUUGUACCUAGUCGAUAGGAACCAAGCGACCAUCGAAACCUCCACUUUCUGGCUACGGCAAGAGAAGGACGAUCAAAAGACCAUCCUCGAGGACAAGGACCUGGAGGUCAUCGGGAUGCCGAUCAUCAAGUACGGUGAUUCUACGGUUAUAAUGCAACAUGCCACGACGUGCCUGUGGGUGUCGUACAAGUCGUACGAGACCAAGAAGAAGGGGGUUGGCAAGGUCGAGGAAAAGCAAGCCGUGUUGCACGAGGAAGGAAAGAUGGACGAUGGUCUGGAUUUUUCUCGCUCCCAAGAGGAGGAGUCCCGAACUGCUCGCGUCAUCAGGAAAUGCAGCAGUUUGUUCACACAAUUCAUUACAGGCCUAGAAACGCUGCAAAUCGACAGGAGGGCGUCGAUGUUCUUCCAGAACGUGAACUUGAACGAGAUGGUCAUGUGUUUGGAGGAUCUGAUCAAUUACUUUGCACAGCCGGAAGACGAUAUGGAGCACGAAGAGAAGCAGAACAGAUUCCGAGCUUUGCGCAAUCGGCAGGAUUUGUUCCAAGAGGAGGGUAUCUUGAAUCUGAUUCUGGAAGCCAUAGACAAGAUCAACGUCAUCACCUCCCAAGGGUUCCUGGUAGCAUUGUCCGGAGACGAAAGCGGCCAAGCUUGGGACCAAAUCUCUGGCUACCUCUACCAACUUCUGGCGGCUAUUAUUAAGGGGAACCACACGAAUUGCGCUCAGUUCGCUAACAGUAAUCGUCUCAAUUGGCUGUUCAGUCGACUGGGGUCCCAAGCUUCCAGCGAAGGUACCGGAAUGUUGGAUGUACUUCACUGCGUUCUUAUCGACUCGCCCGAAGCUUUAAACAUGAUGAGGGACGAGCACAUCAAGGUGAUAAUCUCACUUCUGGAGAAGCACGGAAGAGACCCGAAAGUGCUGGACGUUUUGUGCUCCCUCUGUGUCGGUAACGGUGUGGCAGUACGCUCCUCUCAGAACAACAUCUGCGACUUCUUGUUGCCCGGGAAAAAUUUACUGCUGCAAACACAACUAGUGGACCACGUGGCUAGCAUCAGGCCGAACAUCUUCGUUGGCAGGGUGGAGGGAUCGGCCCUGUACCAAAAAUGGUACUUUGAGGUGACGGUCGACCACAUCGAGCAGACCACUCACAUGAUGCCGCACCUCAGGAUAGGCUGGGCCAACACCGCAGGAUACAUGCCGUAUCCGGGAGGCGGUGAAAAGUGGGGCGGUAAUGGAGUAGGCGACGAUCUCUACUCGUUCGGAUUCGACGGAGCCUACCUGUUGACCGGAGGCAGGAAGACUCAGGUGGUGCAGGAUGUCACCGAGCCCUACAUCCGCAAAGGAGACGUCAUAGGCUGUGCCCUGGAUCUGACCAUUCCCGUGAUAACGUUCACAUUCAACGGUGCUCAUAUAAUGGGCUCGUUCCGGAACUUCAACCUCGAUGGGAUGUUCUUCCCAUCGAUCAGCUGUUCCUCGAAGCUCUCUUGCCGGUUCCUCCUGGGCGGCGACCACGGCAGAUUGAAGUACCAGCCCCCGGACGAGUUCUGCCCGUUGGUGGAGAGUCUCCUACCGCAGCAAAUUCUAUCUCUAGAUCCCUGCUUCUACUUCGGCAACAUGAGCAAGGUGGUGCUCGCCGGGCCCUGGCUCGUCGAGGACGACACCGCCUUCGUGCCCGCCCCUGUCGACACCUCGAUGGUCAACCUUCCUGCUUACGUAGAACAAAUCCGGGACAAGCUCGCGGAGAACAUCCACGAGAUGUGGGCGAUGAACAAGAUCGAGGCUGGCUGGAUCUACGGGGAGCAGAGGGACGACAUGAGGAAGAUCCACCCUUGCAUCGUGCAAUUCGAACGACUUCCACCUGCGGAGAAACGCUACGACACGCAGUUGGCGGUUCAGACCCUGAAGACCAUCCUUGCCCUGGGGUACUACAUUACCAUGGACAAACCACCGUCGCGGAUAAAGACCCUGCGACUGCCCAACGAGCCCUUCCUCCAGAGUAGCGGCUACAAACCGGCGCCUCUGGACCUGAGCGCCAUCACGCUCACCCCGAAGAUGGAGGAGCUCGUCGAUCAGCUUGCCGAGAACACUCAUAAUUUGUGGGCCAAGGAGAGAAUCAGCCAGGGCUGGACCUAUGGCUUGAACGAGGACUCCGAGAUGAGGAGAAGCCCACAUUUGGUGCCGUAUCCCAAGGUCGACGAAGCCAUCAAGAAGGCCAAUCGAGACACUGCCAGCGAGACCGUCAGGACGCUGCUGGUCUAUGGAUACAUGCUGGACCCACCUACGGGAGAACAACACGAAGCGUUAUUACUGGAAGCCAGUAGAUUACGACAGCUCCAGUUUAGAACGUACCGGGUGGAGAAGCAUUAUGCCGUCACCAGCGGGAAAUGGUACUUCGAGUUCGAGGUCCUGACUGCUGGUCCCAUGCGAGUUGGAUGGGCUAAGGCGGAUUGCAUGCCUGGAAGCAUGUUGGGCAGCGAUGAGAACACCUGGGCUUUUGAUGGAUACAACGAGGAAAAAGUGUACUCAGGCAAUGCCGAAACUUUCGGCAAGCAAUGGCAGGUUGGAGACGUUGUCGGUGUUUUCCUGGACCUUAUUGACCGAACGAUUAGUUUUUCCUUGAAUGGAGAACUUUUAAUGGACGCCCUGGGGGGCGAGACGUCUUUCGCCGACGUGCAGGGCGAUUGCUUCGUGCCUGCCUUCACCCUCGGGGUCGGGCAGAAAGCGAAGCUCACCUUCGGGCAGGAUGUCAAUACCUUGAAGUUCUUCACGACGUGCGGCUUGCAGGAGGGCUACGAGCCAUUUUGCGUGAACAUGAACCGACCGGUGACUUUCUGGUACACGAAGGACCAGCCGAUUUUCGAGAACACCGACGACAUGGCCGACACCCGAAUCGACGUGGCUCGCAUUCCCGCUGGUUCCGACACUCCACCGUGUUUGAAGAUCUCCCACAACACCUUCGAGACGAUGGAAAAGGCCAACUGGGAAUUUCUCAGGCUCUCCCUCCCCGUGAUCUGCCAGUCAGCCUUCAUAAACGAGAACGAGAAGACCAGGAGGUGGCAAGAAAUCAAGAUGAGGCAAAACCGACUCCUGGCGGAACAAGUCGAGCAGGCUCAGCUUACGACACCCUCGGCCAACAUCGAACACAUCAUGAGAUCAGGAUUCAGUAUGAGCGACAUCAAGGGCCUGCAGAGGAAUUAUUCGGAGGACGCCGUGGAAGGUGACGAGAUGAUGAAGGAAUCCCCCUUGCCGACUCAAAGGGGCAAACCUUCGAGACCACCAAGGAAGGGCUCCAUUUACGGGUCCAGAGAUCGCACCUUGGAUCGCGACGCCGGCGAGGGCGACAUGAACGGAUACGGCGACAUGAACGGGGAAGUUAAGGACGACAAGAAGAAAAGGGGACGUUCGCCCUUCCGCAAGCUUAGCAAAGAAAUGGAAGACGCUCCGUUCUUCUCGAGGAAGGCGAAGUCCCCGGAUGCCAAGUCGAAGACCCCGGAACCUGUGGUGCGGUCGGACGUGUCCGAUGCCAGCACCAAGUCGAGGCUCACCACACGACCUGCUCAGCUUCGGGUGUCGACAACCGACCUCAGGAUGGUGCCUCCCCAGAUCCCGGAACGAAACGCCCCGAAAGCCAUGUCGGUCCUUACGGGAAGCGGCGUGGAGUCGAUCGGGAACGAAAUCUUCGAUGCGGAGUGUUUGAAGCUAAUGAACGAGUACUUCUACGGGGUGCGGAUCUUCCCUGGCCAGGAUCCGACCCACGUGUACAUCGGCUGGGUGACGUCGCAGUACCACUUGCACACAAAGGACUUCAACUUGUCGCGUGUCCGGAAGGCCUCGGUGGUCAUCGUGGAUGACUACGACAGACCUGUGGACCGAGUCGACAGGCAGAGCUGCUACAUGGUACGAGCCGACGAGCUUUAUAACGAAGUGACACAGGACGCAUCGGGGAAGGGCGCCUCCCAGGGGAUGUUCGUGGGCUGUUUCGUGGACACCGCGACAGGGAUGAUCUCCUUCACUUGCGAGGGAAAAGAGACCAGUCACAAGUUCAAGAUGGAGCCGGAUACGAAGCUCUUUCCGGCGAUCUUCGUCGAGGCCACCAGCAAGGAGAUCCUACAGAUCGAGCUGGGCAGGACCUCGACGACUCUGCCAUUAUCAGCGGCGGUUUUGCAGAACUCCGAGCGUCAUGUCAUUCCCCAGUUCCCACCUAGGUUGAAGGUGCAGUGUCUGAAGCCACACCAGUGGGCCAGAGUGCCCAACCAGUCUCUUCAGGUCCACGCCCUGAAGUUGUCCGACAUCAGGGGCUGGUCCAUGCUGUGUGAGGACGCCAUCUCGAUGCUCGCCCUUCACAUUCCCGAAGAGGACAGGUGCAUCGACAUCCUGGAACUCAUCGAGAUGGACAAGCUGUUGAGCUUCCACGCCCAUACAUUGACGUUGUACGCAGCUUUGUGUUAUCAGUCGAACUACAGAGCAGCACAUGCUCUCUGUCUGCACGUGGAUCAGAAACAGUUGUUGUAUGCGAUACGCUCCGAGUACAUGUCGGGGCCUCUUCGUCAAGGUUUCUACGACCUGCUGAUCGCGUUGCACCUCGAGUCCCACGCCACCACGAUGGAGGUUUGCAAGAACGAGUACAUUAUACCUUUAGGUCAAGAGCUGAAGGACCUAUACGAGGACCCUGACAUGAGGCACAGCUUGAGGUACCUCGAGACGGAGUCUGUCCGCCCUCAGAUGAAGAUGACCGACAUCAAGUGUCUUCUUUCCAGUGAGAAUCAGAAUAUCGAGAACAUAAGGAGCCUAUACAGUCCCUUCUUCCCGCUGGACAUAGUCCGAGACUACGUGAUGAUGGCCUUGAACGAGGCUGUCGAGGUCAACCAGGUUCACAACCGGGACCCGAUCGGGGGCAGCAAUGAGAAUCUCUUCUUACCGCUGCUAAAACUGGUGGAUAGGCUGCUCUUGGUCGGCAUGCUGAGGAACGAGGACAUCUUCAAGCUGUUGAUAAUGAUCAAUCCCGAAACUUGGGACCCCACCUUCGACAAAGAGGGCAAGGACGAGCACAAGAAAGGACUGCUGCAUAUGAAAAUGGCCGAAGGGGCUAAAUUACAGAUGUGCUACUUGCUGCAUCAUUUGAAUGACAUCCAGCUGAGACAUCGAGUCGAAUCCAUCAUCGCCUUCAGCCACGACUUCGUUGGGGAUCUGCAGGCAGAUCAGCUGCGAAGAUACAUCGACAUCAAGCAAUCGGAUUUGCCGUCUGCGGUUGCCGCGAAGAAGACCAGGGAAUUCAGGUGUCCCCCGCGCGAGCAGAUGAACGCGAUCUUGAGCUUCAAGAACAUAGAGGAGGAAGACCCUGAAAACAUUCCCUGCGGGGAGGACCUCAUCGAGAAGAUGAACGAGUUCCACAGUAACCUGAUGUCGUACGUUUCUCUUCACGCUCUGCAGGAAGCAGCCGACGCCGCCAACGACGUUGUGGAGAUACAGAAACCCGGAGCUAUGAAACGUCUCUUCAACUUCAUAAAUGCCGUGAAGGAGUUCGAAGAGGAAGCCAAGGCGGAGCCGGAACCUGAAAAGAAAACGCCCGAAGAGGUGUUCCGCAAGGUGCUGAUAGCCAACAUCGUGAAGUGGGCGGAGGAGUCUCAGAUAGAGACGUCGAAACUCGUAAGAGAGAUGUUCAGUCUUCUGGUCCGUCAGUACGACACUGUGGGCGAGUUGAUAAGAGCUCUGGAGAAGACGUACGUCACCAAUAGCAAGACCAGGGACGACGUCGCCGAGAUGUGGAUAGGCUUGAGUCAGAUCCGCGCGUUGCUGCCCGUACAGAUGUCGCAGGAAGAGGAAGAGCUGGUCAGAGAGCGAUUGUGGAAGCUGGUCAACAAUCAUACUUUCUUCCAGCAUCCGGAUUUGAUCCGGGUCCUAAGAAUCCACGAAAACGUGAUGGCGAUCAUGAUGAACACCUUGGGAAGGAGGGCUCAAGCCCAGUCAGAUGCUCAAGUUCAGAGCCAAGUGGCUGAAGGGGAAACGGCUGUAAAAGAGAAAGACACGUCUCAUGAGAUGGUGGUCGCUUGCUGUCGGUUCCUCUGCUACUUCUGUCGCACUUCCAGGCAAAAUCAGAAGGCCAUGUUCGACCAUUUUGACUUCCUCCUAGAGAACAGCAACAUUCUGCUUUCGAGGCCCUCCUUGAGGGGCUCCACGCCGCUGGACGUGGCAUACUCCUCGCUGAUGGAGAACACCGAAUUAGCUUUGGCCUUGAGGGAACAUUACCUGGAGAAGAUUGCAGUAUAUCUAUCCCGUUGCGGUCUGCAGUCGAAUUCGGAACUGGUGGAGAAGGGCUACCCUGAUCUAGGCUGGGACCCUGUCGAGGGCGAACGGUACCUCGACUUCCUGAGGUUCUGCGUUUGGGUCAAUGGGGAAAGUGUCGAGGAAAACGCAAACCUGGUCAUCCGCUUGCUGAUCCGUCGACCGGAAUGCCUGGGACCAGCUCUGAGGGGCGAAGGCGAGGGCUUGCUGAGAGCCAUCAUGGAGGCAAACAAAAUGUCCGAGAGAAUCGCGGAUAGGCGUAAACUUUAUAAACAGGUGCACGACGACCCUGAGGGAGCGGCGGGAGUGGUGCAGUUCGAGCAUCCCUUGCCGGAGUCCGAUGACGACGAAGACUACAUCGACACCGGUGCAGCUAUCCUGAACUUCUACUGCACGUUGGUCGAUUUACUGGGACGCUGUGCGCCGGAUUCAUCCGUGAUCGAGCAAGGAAAAAAUGAAUCCCUGAGAGCGAGAGCCAUUCUUCGGUCCCUGGUGCCUCUUGACGACCUUCAAGGAGUUCUCUCCCUUCGAUUCACGUUACUCAACCCAGCCGCGGGAGAGGAGAGGCCGAAGAGCGACAUGCCCUCUGGACUGAUCCCAGGACACAAGCAGAGCAUCGUCUUAUUCUUGGAACGCGUUUACGGCAUCGAGACCCAGGAGCUGUUCUUCAAGAUCCUCGAGGAGGCCUUCCUGCCGGAUUUGAGAGCCGCCACGAUGUUGGACAGGAACGACGGCUACGAGUCGGACAUGGCCCUCGCCAUGAAUCGGUAUAUCGGAAACAGCAUUCUGCCGCUUUUGAUCAAGCACUCCAAGUUCUAUAACGAGGCGGAUAAUUAUGCAAGCUUGUUGGAUGCUACGUUGCAUACGGUCUACCGGCUGAGCAAGAAUAGGAUGCUGACGAAAGGCCAGCGAGAAGCCGUCUCCGACUUCCUCGUGGCGUUGACAAGCCAAAUGCAGCCUAGCAUGCUUUUGAAACUCCUGAGGAAGCUGACGGUGGACGUCUCGAAGCUCUCGGAGUACACGACGGUCGCGCUAAGGCUACUUACCCUGCAUUAUGACAGAUGUGCCAAGUAUUACGGUUCCACUGGCGGACAAGGUGCGUACGGCGCUUCCAGCGACGAAGAGAAACGCCUGACCAUGGUCCUCUUCAGCAACAUCUUCGACUCGCUAUCGAAAAUGGAUUACGACCCGGAGCUCUUCGGAAAGGCUUUGCCGUGUCUCACGGCCAUUGGAUGUGCCCUGCCUCCGGAUUAUUCUCUGUCAAAAAAUUAUGAUGAUGAGUGGUAUGGAAGCAAGUCGGCGUCUACCCAAUCACCUGAUGGGCCCUACAAUCCUCAGCCUAUUAACACUUCAAGCAUUGUCCUCAACAACGACUUGAACCAGAUAGUCCAAAAAUUCUCCGAGCACUAUCACGACGCUUGGGCUAACAGGAAGCUGGAAAAUGGCUGGACCUAUGGCGAACAAUGGUCGGAUGUAAAUAAAACCCAUCCGAGAUUAAAGCCUUACAACAUGUUGAACGAUUAUGAGAAGGAACGGUACAAGGAACCAGUCAGAGAGAGUCUGAAGGCACUUCUGGCGAUUGGUUGGAGCGUUGAACAUGCAGAAGUUGACGUACCCUCCACGAAUCGCAGCUCAAUGAGGCGAUCGUCGAAAAGUCAGGGAGAUGCGGCUAACCCGUUCAACUACAAUCCGCACCCUGUCGACAUGACGAACUUGACGUUAAGUAGAGAGAUGCAGAAUAUGGCUGAACGACUGGCGGAUAACGCCCAUGACAUCUGGGCGAAGAAGAAGAAAGAGGAACUCAUCAAGUGCGGUGGUGGAAUUCAUCCUCAACUGGUGCCGUAUGAUCUUCUGACUGACAAGGAGAAGAGAAAAGAUCGCGAGCGCUCUCAGGAGUUUCUGAAAUAUCUGCAGUACCAAGGAUACAAACUGCACAAGCCAAAUCGCGGAGGCACUGGUGAUGGGGAAGUAGCAGGUGCCGGAGCUGCGGUGGAGCUGCGAUUCGCCUAUUCCUUGCUGGAGAAGCUGAUAGCGUAUCUGGACAAGGCGACGAUCAACAUGAGGCUGCUGAAGCCGUCCGACACGUACAGUCGCAGGAACAGCUUCAAGACCUCGACAAGGGACAUCAAGUUCUUUAGCAAGGUGGUGCUGCCGUUGAUGGAGAAGUACUUCAGCACUCACCGGAACUACUUCAUAGCGGUGGCCACGGCGACGAACAACGUCGGCGCCGCGUCCUUGAAGGAGAAGGAGAUGGUGGCAGCCCUCUUCUGCAAGCUCGCCAACUUAUUGCGAUCGAGGCUAGCCGCCUUCGGGGCAGAUGUGAGGAUUACCGUGCGGUGUCUUCAGGUGCUGGUCAAGGGCAUCGACGCGAGGUCCCUGGUGAAGAACUGUCCGGAGUUCAUCAGGACCUCCAUGCUGACCUUCUUCAACAACACCGCCGAUGACCUAGGACACACCAUUCUGAAUCUGCAGGAUGGCAAAUACAGUCAUCUCAGGGGCACUCACCUGAAGACUUCGACGUCGCUCGCGUACAUCAACAGCGUCGUUCUUCCGAUACUCACCGCGAUGUUCGACCACUUGGCGGCCUGCGAAUACGGAAGCGAUUUGUUGCUCGACGAGAUCCAGGUAGCCUCAUACAAGAUGCUGGCUUCGCUCUAUACCCUGGGAGUCGAUGCCACCCUGCACAACGACAGGAAGUACCUAAAGACGGAGAUCGAUAGGAACAAGCCGAACCUCGGCUCCUGCCUCGGCGCGUUCUCCAGCUGUUUUCCUGUGGCCUUCUUGGAGCCGCAUCUCAACAAGCACAAUCAGUUUUCCCUUCUGAACCGCAUAGCGGACCACUCGCUGGAGGCGCAGGAUAUAAUGACUCGCAUGGAGUCGAGCAUGCCGACCCUGGAAACGAUCCUGUCCGAAGUGGACCAGUUUGUCGAGUCCGAGAAGACUUACAACGAUACACCUUACGUGAUAGAUGUGAUCCUUCCUUUGUUGUGCUCUUACCUCCCCUUCUGGUGGGCCCAGGGUCCCGACAACGUCAAUCCUACCGAAGGGACGUACGUCAGCAUGGUAACCAGCGACCACAUGAACCAGCUGUUGAAGAACGUCCUUAAACUGAUCAAAAAGAACAUUGGCAAUGAGAACGCUCCCUGGAUGACUCGCAUCGCUGCUUAUACCCAGCAAAUCAUCAUUAAUUCCUCGGAGGAGUUGCUGAAGGACCCCUUCCUACCCCUGGCCGAGCGCGUCAGGAAGCGAACUGAUAACAUGUUCCACAAGGAGGAGUCUCUCCGAGGGUUCAUCAAGUCGUCCACCGAUGACACCUCCCAGAUCGAGACGCAGAUCCAGGAGGAUUGGCAACUGCUCGUUAGGGACAUCUACUCCUUCUAUCCCUUACUCAUCAAGUACGUCGAUCUUCAAAGGAACCAUUGGCUGAGGAACAACAUACCCGAAGCGGAAGACAUUUACAAUCACGUCGCAGCUAUAUUCAACACCUGGUCCAAAUCGCAGUACUUCUUGCGGGAGGAGCAGAACUUCAUCUCCGCUAAUGAAAUUGAUAAUAUGAUCCUUAUCAUGCCUACUGCCACGAGGAGGCCAGCAACAGUGUCCGAUGGUACGGCACCGUCAGGCGGUGGCAAGAAAAAGAAAAAACACCGCGACAAGAAGAGGGACAAGGACAAGGAGGUGCAGGCUUCGCUGAUGGUGGCCUGUUUGAAGAGGCUGUUACCUGUUGGCUUGAAUCUCUUCGCUGGCCGAGAGCAAGAACUGGUCCAGCAUUGCAAGGACCGCUUCCUGAAGAAGCUCCCGGAGUACGAGAUAGCCGAGUUCGCGAAGACCCAGCUCACACUUCCCGACAAGAUCGAUCCUGCCGACGAGAUGUCCUGGCAGCAUUACCUCUACUCGAAGCUUGGUCAGCAGAAAGACGUCGUGGAGCCUGCGAAAACCCAGCAAUUAGACGACGUCGUCACCAGGAUAACCGCGAUGGCCAAAGUACUCUACGGCUUACACAUGAUAGAUCAUCCUCAGCAGCAGAGCAAGAGUAGUUAUCGGUCGGUGGUGUCCAUCCAACGAAAACGAGCGGUUAUAGCGUGUUUCCGACAGACCUCCUUACAUUCCUUACCCAGACACCGGGCGAUAAAUAUCUUCGCAAGAACUUACUACGAGCUCUGGCUGCAAGACGAAAAUGUGGGCCAAGAAGUUAUGAUUGAAGACCUUACGCAAUCUUUUGAGGACGCAGAGCUGAAGAAGAUGGACAAAGAUGAGGAAGAGGGCAAGCCAGAUCCACUGACGCAACUGGUGACGACCUUUUGUCGAGGUGCGAUGACGGAACGCUCCGGUGCUCUUCAAGAAGACCCUCUGUACAUGAGUUACGCACAAAUUAUUUCAAAGUCCUGUGGCGAAGAGGAAGAAGAAGGUGAAGACGAAGGCGGAGGGGGCGAAGAGGAGGGCGGUGCCUCGAUUCAUGAGCAAGAAAUGGAGAAGCAGAAAUUACUGUUCCACCAAGCCCGCCUCGCAAAUCGAGGAGUUGCCGAGAUGGUACUACUUCACAUAUCGGCCUGCAAAGGCGUUCCCAGCGAGAUGGUGAUGAAGACCUUGGAGCUGGGCAUCUCGAUCCUGCGAGGCGGUAACAUCGAGAUCCAGAGAGGCAUGCUGAACCAUCUGAAGGAAAAGAAGGACGUCGGCUUCUUCACCUCCAUCGCUGGGCUGAUGAACUCCUGCAGUGUCCUGGACUUGGAUGCCUUCGAGAGGAACACCAAAGCGGAAGGUCUUGGUGUCGGAUCCGAAGGUGCGGCCGGGGAGAAGAACAUGCACGAUGCCGAAUUCACCUGUGCUUUGUUCCGAUUCAUCCAGCUGACCUGCGAGGGUCACAAUCUAGAUUGGCAGAAUUAUCUGAGGACACAGGCGGGAAACACGACGACGGUGAACGUGGUCAUCUGCACAGUCGAUUACCUCCUGCGUCUGCAGGAAUCCAUCAUGGAUUUCUACUGGCACUAUUCUAGCAAAGAAUUGAUCGACCCUGCCGGAAAAGCGAAUUUCUUCAAGGCAAUAGGUGUGGCCAGUCAGGUCUUCAACACCCUCACCGAGGUGAUCCAGGGACCCUGCGCCCAGAACCAGCAGGCCCUCGCCCAUUCCAGGCUCUGGGACGCCGUGGGUGGAUUCCUCUUCCUGUUCUCCCACAUGCAGGACAAGCUCUCGAAACACUCCAGCCAGGUGGACCUCCUGAAGGAGCUGCUGAACCUGCAAAAGGACAUGAUCACAAUGAUGCUCUCUAUGCUCGAAGGAAACGUCGUCAAUGGAACCAUUGGAAAGCAGAUGGUGGAUACCCUGGUCGAGUCUGCCAGUAAUGUGGAGCUGAUUUUAAAGUACUUCGACAUGUUCCUGAAGCUGAAGGAUCUGGUGUCGUCGCCGAGUUUCCUGGAGGUCGAUUUGAACAACGAUGGCUGGGUCUAUCCGAAGGACUUCAAGGAGAAGAUGGAGCAGCAGAAAAGUUACACCAACGAGGAAAUAGAAUUCCUCCUGGCCUGCUGCGAGACGAAUCACGAUGGGAAGAUCGACUACGUCGCCUUCAUGGACCGCUUCCACGAGCCAGCCAAGGAGAUCGGCUUCAAUCUCGCUGUCCUGCUGACCAACCUGUCGGAACACAUGCCAAAUGAACCUAGACUCGCAAGAUUCCUUGAGACUGCAGGAUCGGUACUGAAUUAUUUCGAGCCCUUCCUGGGAAGGAUCGAGAUUCUGGGCGGUAGCAAGAAGAUCGAGCGGGUCUACUUCGAGAUCAAGGAGUCCAACAUCGAGCAAUGGGAGAAACCGCAGAUCAAGGAGUCGAAGCGCGCGUUCUUUUACAACACCGUGACGGAAGGCGGAGACAAGGAGAAACUGGAGACGUUUAUCAAUUUCUGCGAGGACGCGAUUUUCGAGAUGCAGCACGCGAGUGCCCUGAUGGCCGUCGAGGACAGCAGCGGCAUCGGCAAAGCCAGAGAAUCCUCCUACACCUACAUGACUGACGACGACGACGAGAAGAACAAGGAUCCUAUUCGGCGGGCCAUCCAGGCUCUCAAGGAUGGCUUCUUCUUUUUCUUCUCCAUGUUCUCGCCGACGAACAUCAAGAACAAAUUCGCUGAGAUGCAGCAGAUGACGGUGCCGGAGCUCUUCCUCGGAUUCUUCAAGAUCGUGUUCUACGCGUUCUAUUAUUCCGGGUUUAGCUGCGGAGUUGUCCUGAGGUACUUCAUGAAGUUGUUGCUGACCCUGAUGAGAGGACCGCACGUGGAGGAGCCCGUUGUCGAAGUGAAGGAGGAGGAGGAGAGGCCUUUGAGGCAUCUACCAGCUUUGCCGCCAACGCCGGACGAAUCGAAUCUACAAGUACAAGCUUUUGGGAUGGAUAUAACGAAGGAAGAGGGGGGUCAAAUAAAGCUGGCUGCCCAUGAAUCUGCCGCGUCGAGUCCGCAAUCGAGCAUGGAGGAAACCGGCGAGAGUACCCCUGAAGAAGGUAUAGGUGAAGAAGGCGCUCGCCCUGCAGGGGAAAGUGCAACUGCCGAGGGCGAAACUCCGGUCACGUUGGCUGAUCUACUUGGAGGUGAGCAAGCAAGAGCUCAAGCCGCAGCUGCAGCAGAGGCGGCAGCAGCCCAGCAGGCCGCCAUGGCUGCCGUUGAAGCCGAAGCCAAACAGGAGAUCACUGCCGAACCAUCCUCUGGUUCCUCCCUAGAUUUGUCGGAAUACACUCAUCGCGUGGUUUCAUUCCUAGCCAGGAACUUCUACAACCUGAAAUACGUGGCACUGGUUCUUGCCUUCUGCAUCAACUUCAUGUUGCUGUUUUACAAGGUCACCUCAUUGGGAGAUGAUGGAGAUGACGGCAGUAGUGGAGACUCGAUUGCCGAUAUUCUGACAGAUAUAUCUGGCGAGGGCGGUUCCGGCGGAAGUGGCAGUGGCAGCGGAAGUGGUGCGGAAUUAGGCAGCGGAGGAGAAGGCGAAGGAUCCGAAGAAGAAGAAGACUCCUUGGAGUUCGUGGAGGUGUCGGAAGACUUCUAUUACAUGGCGCACGUAAUGAGGCUGAUGGCUGCCCUCCACUCCAUCGUGUCUCUCGCGAUGCUGGUGGCUUAUUAUCACCUCAAGGUCCCGCUGGCGAUAUUCAAACGGGAGAAGGAAAUAGCACGACGCGUGGAAUUCGAUGGCCUCUACAUAGCAGAGACUCCCGAAGAAGAUGAUAUCAAGGCGCACUGGGACAAGAUGGUUAUAUCUGCGAAAUCCUUCCCCGUCAACUACUGGGACAAGUUCGUGAAGAAGAAGGUGCGACAGAAAUACAGCGAGACGUACGACUUCGACUACAUCAGCAACCUCCUCGGCAUGGAGAAAACGUCCUUCAGUCAGCAGGAGGAAGAGGGCUCGGGGCUCGUGCACUUUAUCGUGAACAUUGACUGGAGGUACCAGGUGUGGAAGGCCGGGGUCACUAUUACCGACAAUGCUUUCCUCUACAGCUUGUGGUACUUCACGUUCUCGAUACUUGGGAAUUAUAAUAACUUCUUCUUCGCCGCUCAUCUGCUGGACGUCGCGGUUGGGUUUAAGACUCUUCGCACCAUAUUGCAGUCGGUAACGCACAAUGGGAAACAAUUGGUGUUGACGGUGAUGCUUCUCACCAUCAUCGUCUACAUCUACACCGUGAUCGCCUUCAACUUCUUUCGGAAGUUCUACAUCCAAGAAGAGGACGACGAGGUCGAUAAAAAGUGCCACGACAUGUUGACGUGCUUCGUAUUUCAUCUGUACAAAGGUGUGCGCGCCGGUGGAGGUAUCGGCGACGAGAUCGGGGAGCCCGAUGGCGACGAUUACGAGGUUUAUCGCAUCAUGUUCGACAUCACCUUCUUCUUCUUCGUUAUUGUCAUUCUACUUGCCAUUAUUCAGGGUCUCAUCAUCGACGCCUUCGGCGAACUUCGAGAUCAGCUCGAAAGCGUUAAGGAGAAUAUGGAGAGCAAUUGUUUCAUAUGUGGUCUAGGGAAAGACUAUUUCGACACGGUGCCCCACGGGUUUGACACCCACGUCCAGCAGGAGCACAAUCUAGCGAAUUACAUGUUCUUCCUUAUGCAUCUAAUUAAUAAGCCGGACACCGAGUACACGGGUCAGGAGACCUACGUGUGGAACAUGUACCAACAGCGGUGCUGGGACUUCUUCCCUGUCGGCGACUGCUUCCGGAAGCAGAACGAGGCGGUCGAGGAAGAGGCCAAGAAGAAAUAAUCCGAGAUUUUGUAUGAUACCGAGUUACACGGAACACGAGGAGACGAGGAAGCCUCGUCCAGUGCGGACAGAGACUCUUCGCUGCUGCGCUCUCGAGCUCGCUGAGCGUCGAUCCCCGAAAUCGAGUCUAACGACACUUGCCGGCGGAAUUCGCAUUGAGGCUAAAUUUUGGGAACUACGUUUUCUAUCACGCAACAUGUAAUCGACAUACGACUGAGGGAAUCACUUAAAUUUUCGAAACUUUUCUCCCCCGUUCGCGUGUAUCGGCACCUCGCCAAGCGAGGCUUUCGUCGUAGGAACGUAGCGGAGAACCCGAAGGUCGAGUACACACAUUAAUGACCAAUCUCUAGAUUUUUUAAUCGAAUGAAGCUUCCGAAUAGGGAUCCAAUUUGAUCGUGCUUAGAUGGGAGAUCAGUAGUGGGACUACGUUUUACGUAUUUUUGCAACUUUGUAAUGGACGACCGGCCGCUGGAGAACAAUCGGACGCGCGUUGUCGCGACUCAGAAGCGUAAGGUGUAGACAAUUAACUUCUCUCUCGGUCCCUAGGACGUCACGGACUUGUACAUUGACUGCACAAAGUAACUCGUAACGAUUUCGUCUGGCUUCCCCUUUGCAGAUUGGACGUCGGUCCCGUAGCUCUGAGGCGGCGAGGUGAAAAGGGUUGUGAAACUAUAAGUCAUAAGUUAAACGUACUUAAGAUACUACAAUGUGUAUACUUUCGAUGCCGUGGAAGAGUUUUCGAUCGUCAUUGAUGACUGACAAUGAGUUCGUAUAACGCAUCGCAGAAUGUCAAUAUAUUGUAAAUAAACCUCCCCGGUGGGGCUGACCGGCA